AUGGAGAAAAUUAAUAUAUUCAAAGCGGCACACAAGGGAUAUGUUGAAUCAUCUGCUGAAAAAACGUACAUUAAAGACUUAAGAAACGAUAUUCACACAAUCGAAACAGAGAAAAAUCAUGUAUUGGAAAGGAUUGGAAAAAUACAAUUUCGAUUGGACAAAGUACUUCACAAAGAUGUUUUGGAAAAAUCUCAGAUUUUACGUCAAGAAAAAAAUAGAGAAAAACAAAUAAAUAAUUACAUAAAAGAUCACAACGUUGAAAGACAUAGGGAAAAAAUGAUUCAAAAUCAACUAAAAAAAGAACUUGCAAAUAGUUUGGCAACACAAAAUGAACUAACACCAGAAUUUAUUAUGCAAAACAUAGAAGAAGAGGCUGAAGUGAUGAAGUUUUUAGUAAAACAAAAGUUACCAAAAGAACUGCAACUGUUAAAAAAGAAAUAUCAAAAGCUUGAAAACAUCAGCAGAAUGAGUAUAACAAGAGAAUACACUAACACACUUCGAAAUCAAGUCGAGCAAAAAUCGAAUCAGCUACAAAAUUUAAUGGAAAAAUUACCAACAGAAAAUUCAAGUUUUAACGAUUCCCAAAAAUCAACAGUUUUCAGACAACAAGUUGCAGCAAUUGUUGAGAAAAAGGAAACAGCAGCAGAAUUAUUAAACAACAUUGUUUUUGGAGACGCCAUUCUAAGAGGCGAAGAGCUAAAGCAGUAUGUUGAUAAACUAAAAUCUAAAAAUUUAACUUAUAAACAAAAUAGAACAGAACUUUCCAGUAUAAGGGCUGAAGUUGCAGAUUUAAUGAAAAUGCUUGAGGAUUUAAAAUCUCAAGAGCCAAAUAUUUCAGUCACAAUAAAGCAAAGUAAUAGCACAGAAGAACUACUUGGAUCUCAGACAUCGAUUAGUGGAAAAGGAUUGACAGAAAUUUUGCGCACGACAGAAGCUCUGAAAAGAGCUGUUAAUGUAAAUAGAGAUCAAUUGGCACCUUUAACGCAAAGAAUCAAACCACUAAGAGAAAGAAUUGAAGAAUUAAAAGAUGAGUCAGAUUCAAAAAAACAAUUUUACAACAGUGUUGAUAUGACUUUACAAACUGAAAUUUCGGUUUUUGAAAGUAAAAUACGGGAAAAGGAAGAAGUUAUUGUUGCAUUGGAACAAGACUACAAAAAGUUUCAAUUAGAAUACGAGAGAGCAGAGUUUUUGCUGAAAAAAAUUCAAGAUACUCGCAGUUCAAAAUCUAAUUCCAAAUCAGAAUUGAAAGAAGACAUGCAAAAACAAAUUUAUGAAAGGGAGAAUUUAUUUAAAUAUUUAGAGCAGCAAGCUCAAGCUUUAAACAAUAAUCAGAGGCACUACAAAAAACAGCAAGAACUUUGGAAUGCUUUAAACAACAUUUUGAAAAUAAAAUUAAGUUGCCUUAAAGAAAUUGAAGAGAAUGAGAAAAGUGGAACUUUAUCAAUCCAAAAAAAUAUCGAAACAUUUAUUUUAAAUUAAAUAUUAUUUUUGUUCUUUUUUGGAAUUUAGAUUUUGGUUUCUAAAUUGAAUUUACCGUAUAUGUUUAACAUUACUCAAAAAGGAAAGCGAAAAACAAAUUAAAUAUAGUUUCUGCUUGCCACAGAAAAAAAGAACGCAUAUCUAAAGUGGUCAUAAACAAUUCCGAAGAUCAUAUUUCUGCUUUGUAAAUAAAAUAUUUGAU